UAAAGGAUUGAAACAGAAUUGCCCCAGUGUUUGUUGCUGUAAAAAAGGUGUUGAGUUGUUGAGGAUGUAUGAAUAUAUGCGCCUGCCUACAGGCUACAGCCAAGGCCGAGGGGAAGCACACCAACAAACAAACCAGUUGAAAAGUGCAAAGGAUGACGAAGAUCGAUCUAGAAGACCAUCGAAUCGCGAGCCCGAUCCCAUCGAUCUAUCUGAUCCGAGACUUCAUCAACCCAGAGGAGGAGAGCUAUCUAAGUCGAAGGGUCGACCAGGUGGGCAACUCGAAUGCGGUCAUCAGGCCUGACCUUUCCAUCGCUGUCCGAGCCGGUGGAUGGCAACGAGUCAAUGGACGGAGGUCGAUGUAUUGGGGAGGGACGAUGACUCCGAAGGGCAAAUUGGUCCCACAAAGUCCGCCGGGUUUCAUGACCAAUGAAUGGCCACAGGUCUUCAAACGACUCGAAGAAUUGGAGAUCUUUUCGAGCCGGCCUUCUUCAUCUGCGGGUCCCGAAGAACCUCCAUCGACCAGCUCUGAUCAUCUCCCGCCGAACCAUUGUCUCGUCAAUGAAUACAACCCGGGAGAUGGAAUCCUGCCUCAUCUCGAUGGGCCUGCAUAUUUACCGACGGUGGCCACAAUCUCCUUAGAUUCUGACACGGUCUACGAGUUCCAUUGUUACGCGGAUCGAUUCGAGGCUCUUUCGGAGCAGCUCACCAAAGCGCAACUAGAUGGGACGGGCCGGUGUUCGAACUCUGAGGCCGAUGGAGUGCGAGGAAAAGAGGAGGAGGCUCAAGGCGAGCCGUCGCCGACGAUGACGAUGGAGAAGGAGGAGGGACGAGCGAUCGCCCCGGAGCCGCUUUUCUCGCUCUUCGUCCCCCGCCGCUCCUUGAUCAUCAUCAGCCAAGCCUGCUACUCCCAUCUACUCCACUCCAUCCCCGCCCGGCCAGCUGACCUCCUCUCCACUCACCUCGAACGCUGUCUUAAUUGGAACGACUCCUUCGCUCACUUCGCCCAUCAACUCGUCCAUCAAUCUCUGCCCCGGGGCCGCAGAAUUAGCUUGACUUGUAGGAGAGUCGAGCGGGUCGUUAAAGGCUUGGAUCGGUUCUUGAAGUGAUCAUCUUCUUCUUUCUUUUUACUUUUUUUACUUGUAUGUAUCUACAAUAUGCGACCCCUCAUGUUCCUCCCCUGCUCAGUAUCUUGUCAUCUCUAUAUUAUCAAUUCAUUCCACAAAAAAAUAACAGAAUAAUACUUAACA